AUGGAGAAACAUCGUCAUGUCAACACCAUUUUGAAUAGAGUUUACGAUAAUCAUUAUCUGGAUGUUAGUGAGUAUCCAAUAACAGGAUAUGACCAAACAUGCAGUGAGUGGUUGGAUUCAUCCAUUUGCGUGCCGCCGCUGACGCGUCACAUUGUAGAAACAGUUAUUGCGACCUACUUUUACUUGGAAACAGUUAUGCUUGACACGUGUACGUUAUGCAGCUCCUACAUUAAUUAG